ACUCUUCGUAACAGUUUCCGGUGGCAAUGGAAUUGUCUACUUGUCUAUUUCUCAUUCUCAUUGUUUAGUUUAUAGCACAAAAGCUAUCCAAAAAGCAGAAUUGUCAUAGAGCUGAGAAGAAAUUGUGAUGUUAGUAUUUGUAAGCCCGUCACUAACCACUUGGACGAUGAAAUCUCUAUAUUCAAAUCCAGAGUAACAAAUACUACUCUCUAAGACUUUAUAUGAUAAUCAUUAAUGAGUAAACUAAGCUCAAGAUUUAGAGUAUAAAGAAAGUUCAAAGUAGCUAUCAUCAGCGGAGAGCUUAAGACCAAAGGCACAGGAAGUAGGAUAUCUGUACUCAGCUCAUCGUGCAUUGAGUACCCCACUAUGACACCUCAAAAAUAAAAGCUAGAAUCCUGAAGAGAACAGUAUUCAUUAUCCAUUGUUGUGUAACAUACUAUCCAAAAACUUAGCACCUUAAAACAACAAGCCCUUAUUAGCUCACAGUUUCUGAGGUAGGAAUCAGGACAUGACUCAACUGGUGCCUCUGGCUCAGGAUCUCUCACAAGGCUAUAACCAAGGCAUAAACUAAAAUGACAGCCAUCUCAAGGCUCCAUCUGGGAGAAGAUCUGUUUCCAAGUCCCCUCAUGUGGCUGCUGACAGGCCUCAAGUCCUUGCUGGCUGUUGUCUAGAGACCUCAAUUCCUUGACACACGGGCUUCUCCACAAGGCAGUUCAAAACAAGGCAGCUGGCUGCCCUCAGAACAGUCAAGAGACCAAGAGAGGGCAUAGAAGACGGAAACCACAGAAUCUUUGGAACAUUCUCAGAAGUGACAUCUUAUCUCUUUUCCUGUGUUCUAUUCAUUAGGAGCUUGUCACCAGUUCCAGCCACACACAAGGGGAGAGGAUUACACAGGGACAUGAAUACGAUAGGGUGCAGACCCUGGGGCCAUCUCAGAGGCUGCCUAUCACAAGAAGUAUGUAAGACCAAUCUGUGACACCAAGUAAAUAUGCUAUCUGAUGUCCCACUGAGUGUCACAAACUUCUCUAACAACACAGAGACCGCAUUACUUCUGUCGCUAUUCUGGUAGCUAGGAGCAAACAUAAUCUCUAUGGAAUCUCCAAGAGGCUACAAUGCAAUCCACCUGUAUAAUAAUCACCUAGACAGAAUACUCCAUCUUGGGCUCCUAUAGAGCAGGGACCAUGUCAUCUUCAUUGUUGGGUUCCCCAUGGCACCUAACACAAGGAAAGUGUUCCAGCAGAGAUGCUAUGAUGGGGCAGAAGCAACAGAAACUUCCUGAAAAACUGGUGACCCCAGAAGUUCUGGGGAACGCCCAGAGAUGAGCUAUCUGGGGAUGUUGGUGACCAAGGAGUCACGGAGCAUUUCUUAAGGAAGACUGGUUGUUGGAAACAUGGAGGUUUGGGACACGUGCGGUACAAAGAGGACAGGGCCCGCCUAUGUCCAUGAGCUUCCGACCAUGUUACAGCUCUGGAGCUUCCUUCAUUUUGAAUCCCUGGUGGAUCCCCCAAGAAACACAGUCCUUGGGCAACAUUGCAGAGCCAGGAGCUUCCUCUGAAAACUAGGAGUCUCCAUCAUCACAACUGCCUUGAAGACAAUAGAACACCUCACCUGGCAGCUAGUGAGUUCCAAGUGUCCUUGGGUCGCCAGAGCAUCCCUCCUCCUGAUGCUGCACACCUCUGAUUGGCCACCCUCAGCAGAGGUCAGAGGAGCCAUGCGGAACUACACCGCUGUCACCGAGUUUGUCCUGCUGGGACUCUCAGAUGCCUGUGAGUUGCAGAUGCUCAUCUUCCUGGGGCUGCUGCUGACCUACCUCCUCACUCUGCUGGGGAAUCUCCUCAUCGUGGGCAUCACCCUCGUGGACAGGCGCCUCCACACCCCCAUGUACUACUUCCUCCGCAACUUUGCUGUCCUGGAGAUCUGGUUCACCUCGGUCAUCUUCCCCAAGAUGCUGACCAACAUCCUGACUGGAUACAAGACCAUCUCUCUCCCAGGCUGCUUUCUCCAGUUUUUCCUCUAUUUCUUCCUGGGCACCACAGAGUUCUUCCUUCUGGCAGUGAUGUCCUUUGACAGGUAUGUGGCCAUAUGUAACCCCUUACGUUAUGCAACCAUCAUGAGCAGAAGGGUCUGUAUAGAGCUGGUUCUUUGUUCAUGGAUGGCAGGAUUCCUUCUCAUUGUCUUUCCAAGUUCCAUCAUACUUCAGCAGCCAUUUUGUGGCCCCAAUGUCAUUAACCAUUUCUUUUGUGACAACUUUCCACUCCUGGAACUGAUAUGUGCAGACACGAGUCUCAUAGAGCUUCUGGGUUUUAUUGUGGCCAACAUCAGUUUGCUGGGCACUCUGUCCGUGACGGCCACCUGCUAUGGCCACAUCCUCCACACCAUCCUGCGCAUCCCCUCGGCCAAGGAGAGGCAGAAAGCCUUCUCAACCUGCUCCUCCCACAUCAUCGUUGUGUCUCUCUUCUAUGGCAGCUGCAUCUUCAUGUACAUCCGGUCAGGCAAGGGAAAUGAAGGGGAGGACAGGAACAAGGUGGUGGCCUUGCUCAACACCGUGGUGACCCCGAUGCUCAAUCCCUUCAUUUACACCCUCAGGAAUAAACAAGUGAAGCAGGUGUUUAGCAAGCAAUUAAGCAAGCUCCUCUCAUAAAGAUAAGCUGGGCCUGAAUGGGGAAAAUUUGUUCCUUGCCUGAACCUCUACAAAUGCAGUUCUGUCAUGAUCUCCAUGAACUGUCUCAUUCCUGACAAUUUUUAACAUGUGCUUUAAUCUACAGUGGUUUCUUACAUAUAUUAUUGAGUUAUGCAAUCUUCUCAGAGGGUAUUGAAAACUCAGUAUACCACUACUAUGCUGGUAGGUGUUCAUGCUUCUCAUGCCAUGCUGUAUCCGAGUUUGUUAAUCUUGCCUCAUUUUUACGUUAUAACGAAGGAUAGAAUACCUUCUUCACUAGAAUUUUCACAAUUGAUAAAGAUCCUCAACAAGAAUAUAUUAAUAAUAAACUUCAGAAGUAAGACAUAUAUGGAAAUAUUAAUGAGGUGGAAUAUCCAAGAAAUAUUAAGCUAAAGAAAGUAUCAGGUAUUAAAACAGUAAGUCAAGAACUGAGAAAUAGAACAAUGGAGCUGGAUAGAUAAUCUGGAAAGAUAAUGCAGUAUACAUAAGGAUCUAGUAGAUGAUUAAGUACAUUUUCUAGUCAGUAGAGAAAAGAAGUUCAAAUCAAUAAAUGAUGCCAAGACUAUUGGCUAUCCAGGUAGAAAAGUUCCUUUCAGAGAGAUUAGGACUAGGACUAACUUGGUGGUUUAUCUGGGGGCAAGGGAGAAGUUAAAGCAGAAGAACAAUUUAAAAAUGAUAUACACCUGUGGUGCCUGGGUGGCUCAGUUAAGUGGUUAAGCAUCUGACUUUGGCUCAGGUCAUGAUCUUACAGUUCUGUGAGUUUGAGCCCCAGAUA